AUGGACGUGACCGAGGACGAGGAAGGCACAUGUAUCGAGCCAUUAUCAAAAACAAAGAAGCUAAGUUUAAUUUGGGAAUAUUUUGAAGAGUCUAUAUGUGACCUGAGUAGAGCUAUUUGUAUAAAAUGCAAGCAAAAGGUAUACAAAGGUUUGGGAAAAAAGAUGACUACUUCCUCCAUGAGGAAACACUUAGAAUCUAAAAAUAAACAACUGUACAAAGAAUUGUUAAAAUCUGAAAGUCAACAUCAACUCUCUAUUUAUGAAUCAAUGACUAAAACACAAUGUUGGGAUAUAAAUGAUAAAAAAUCCAAAACAAUUCAUAAAGCUAUUGGUGAAAUGAUUUGUGUUCAUAAUGAACCAUAUUGUAAUAUAGUUGAACGAACAGGAUUUAAAAAACUCAUGGAACUUGUUAAACUACAGUAUAAACUACCGGGUCGCAAAUAUUUUACUGAAAAUAUUAUCCCAGAAAUGUAUGUGGAACUUAAAUUAAAAAUUAUGGAUAUGCUGAAGCAGGUUCAUACUGUAUCUCUUACAUCUGAUAUUUGGACAUGUAGUCACAACAAUGAAAGUUUUAUAAGUUUUACUUGUCAUUGGAUUUCUGAUGAUAUGAAACAACAACAUUGUGUUUUAAAUGUUAGACACUUCCCUGGAAGACAUACAGGUAUCGCCAUUAAAGACACAUUAGAAAGACUAUUGCAGGAAUGGGAUUUAGAAAAAAAAUUCAUUUAUUAG